AAUGAAACCAGGACACACUCUGUUUAGCUUUCUGAUUAGCUUAGCCUAGCCUAGCCUAGCCUGUGCGUUUAAAAUAGUUUAAUCCGCUGAUCUGAACACUGUGUGAGGAUAAAUAUCCAAGCGAUUUAAUUAGGUUAAAUAUUUAAUACGUCAGCUUGUGAAAGUGAAGUGUAACUGUUAGCAUCUCGGCUCACAGCAUACGCAGCUCAAGCAAAGCCUUAACAGGAUCCUGAUGACCUCUGACCCCUGUGUUCUCCAGAGUGAGGCCAUGAUCGGUGUUGCACUGUGAAGCCAUGAGUCAGAGGAACAUCGCUGCCGACUUACUGAACAGACAAAUCCGGGAGAACAGGACUCUGAGUUUUCAGAGAUACUACCAUGUGACUGACCCGUUUAUAAAACGACUUGGCCUGGAGGCGGAGCUACAGGGUCACUCAGGGUGCGUGAACUGUCUGGAAUGGAAUGAGAAAGGAGAUGUGUUAGCGUCAGGUUCUGAUGAUCAGCAUGUGAUGGUAUGGGAUCCUCUCAGACACAGGAAAUUGAUGAGCAUGCACACGGGUCACGCUGCUAACAUCUUCUCUGUUAAGUUCCUGCCGCACUCUGGAGAUCGGAUCCUGGUGACCGGCGCUGCAGAUACGAAGGUUCACGUCCAUGAUGUGACAGUGAAGGAGACGAUUCACAUGUUCUCCGAUCACACGAACAGAGUGAAGCGCAUCGCCACUGCCCCCAUGUGGCCAAACACGUUCUGGAGCGCAGCCGAGGACGGUGUUAUCAGACAGUACGAUCUGAGAGAGAGCAGUAAACAUUCGGAUGUGUUAAUCGAUCUGACGGAAUACUGUGGUCAGCUGGUGGAGGCCAAAUGUCUCGCUGUGAACCCGCGGGAUAAUAACUACCUCGCUGUGGGAGCUAACGGCCCUUUUGUACGCCUCUACGACAUCCGCAUGAUCCACAACCACAGGAAGUCUCUGAGUCAGAAUGCAGGAGUUCACACAUUCUGUGAUAAACAGAAGCCCAUCCCUGACGGAGCGGGUCAGUACUACGUCGCAGGUCACCUCCCAGUUAAACUGCCAGAUUAUAAUAACAGGCUGCGUGUGUUGGUGGCCACCUACGUGACCUUUAGUCCUGAUGGGACGGAGCUGCUGGUCAAUAUGGGCGGAGAGCAGGUGUAUCUCUUUGAUCUGACGUUUAAACAGAGGCCAUACACUUUCCUGCUGCCCAAGAAGUGCCAUUCCUCAUCAGAGGUACAGAAUGGGAAAACCACAAACGGAGUGUCUAACGGACUUCAUCUACCUGCCAACUGUCUCAAACUCACGAAUAAUAAAAAACCCUCCAGUGAGCUGCCCCCCCACCUGGAGCGCAUUAAGCAGCAGGCUAAUGAUGCGUUUGCUCGUCAGCAGUGGACUCAGGCCAUCCAGCUGUACAGUCUGGGGAUUCACACAGCGGGGCAGAGCAACGCCAUGCUGUACGGGAAUCGUGCCGCCGCCUACAUGAAGCGCAAAUGGGAUGGGGAUCAUUACGACGCUCUGCGUGACUGUCUGAAGGCUCUGACUCUAAACCCGGCUCACCUGAAGGCUCACUUCCGUCUGGCCCGCUGUCUCUUCGAGCUGAAGUACGUGGCUGAGGCUCUCGAGUGUCUGGAUGACUUUAAAGGGAAAUUUCCAGAACAGGCUCACAGCAGCGCCUGCAGCGCCCUCGACAAAGACAUCAAAGCUGCUCUGUUCUCCAAAAGCGACUCAGCGGACGAGAAGAAAGGGAGCAGCUCGAUCCGCUUCCACAACUUCAGCCGUAAAGAGUCGAUCCCCGAGGACGAGAUCAUCCUGAGAGAGCGCAGCUUCGACUACAAACACCGAUACUGUGGCCACUGCAACACCACCACCGACAUCAAAGAGGCCAACUUCUUCGGCAGUAAAGGACAGUACAUUGUGAGCGGAUCAGACGACGGCUCUUUCUUUAUCUGGGAGAAGGAGACCACGAACCUGGUGCGAGUGCUGCAGGGUGAUGAGUCCAUAGUGAACUGUCUCCAGCCACACCCCAGCUACUGUUUCCUAGCAACCAGCGGCAUCGACCCUGUGGUACGGCUCUGGAGCCCCCGACCCGAGACGGACAGUGAGAACGGUCGUGUGGUGGAGGAUAUGGAGGGAGCGUCUCAGGCUAAUCAGAGGAGGAUGAAUGCUGAUCCUCUGGAGGUGAUGCUGCUCAACAUGGGCUAUCGCAUCACGGGGCUGGGUGGCGGCCAUGACGCCUCCGACGAGGAUGAGGACAACACGGAGGGGCAGGUGCAGUGCCGCACCAGCUAGAGUGAGUGAGUGAGUGAGUGAGUGAGUGAGUGAGUGUGUGUGUGUGUGUUGCCUCCACUUGUGGAUCUGCACUGCUCACCCCCCCCCCUUGGAGAGGAAGAGAACACAGAAUCAUGCACUUGACCCCCAGAGUGGGCGGAGCUUCAGACCAGGCCGUUCAGACUGAAUGAUAGUAAACUCAUUGUUUCCUCACCGGCUGAGAGUGUGUAUUUUUUUCAGUAUGUCCAACUCUGAUGUCACUUCCUGUUCCUGCAGCUGAGACCCCGCCCAUUGCUCAGCCAUAUCUGUCUGUCACACUUAAGCACUUUGUUUAAAUGGAGGAGGUUCCAGGAUUUAAAAUGUUUUAUUUUUCUCUGAUCUUCUGCUGUUUUAUGUCGCCUGUUCAUGUUUCAGGAUUAAAGGAGCAGUUCUCAGCUUCUCGGCUGAGUUUGUUUCUGUGAUGCUAAUGUAGCUAACAGGUAACGGACGUGCAUGGCUUCCACUUUAGCAUUGUGCACUGAAUAGGUUACAGAGAGGAAAACGGUCUCAGUGAGAACACGUUCUUCCUCAGCACAGAGUUUGAUGUCAGACUCAGGUGGGGGUGUGGCCUAAAUCUGAAGGCAUGGUUUAUACAUUAGAAAUAAGACUGAAGGUAAAGUGUACAUGUGAGCUGUUAAAUUUGUUGUGUUAUUUUAGGAAACUUUAUGGACUAAAUGGUGAAAGUGGGAGGAGUUAGACACACCCAUUUAGAGCACUGUGCUAAACUGGUAGAUGUACAGUAUACCUCCAUUACUUGUUAGCUACAUUAGCUCUAUAGCUCCAAUGCUAAAAUUACAGAACAACACAUCUCAGCUGAUUAAAGUGCUUGAGACGCUGAGGACGUUUAAUUUCAUACAAACACACACAUUAAUGAAACAGCAGCAUUAAUAUCAAUGCAUUCAUUCAGGGUGUGCGUGUGCGCGCGCAGCUCAUCUUUUUACACUACCCUGCAGUAUAUAUUUAUUGGCUCAAAGCUCCUCUCUUUGUUUCUCCAUGUUUAUUUUUCUUUGGGAAUUUCAUUAAUGCCAUUUUGCUGCCAGAUGAAGAGAAUUAAAGAGGAUUAAAGUGUUCAGACCUCA